UUGUGUCAAGAUCGCCGUGGUCGUACACAUUUGUGGUGACGUCACAAUUCUUGCUCCCUCACAGUGUUACAUCAACCCUAUUCAAUCCAAUAUUCGUGACUUCGAUGAAAGAGUUGGAGAGAGCAAAUCAAUUGUUUUAUGUAAUUCGAUUCCUUAAAGUUACCAGCCUAUUUUUACCAGGACACUCUGUCAUUUGAGUCUUCGGUGUACGGAUGUUGACUGUUUAAAACUUUUCGGUUCCAGCCUAUAUACACGUCGACAAACUCCCCAGUACAUUCGGCGGAUGACACUUCCAGAAUAGUUAUGGGAAGAAAGGGAAUUCGGCUGUGUUUUACAAGUAUUAUGGUAACAGGAGCUUUGGUUAUCUUUGGUCAUCUGAUUGGAGAGUCCAGAAUGACAUCAAAGAAUAAUUUUAAUUUGUCACUGCCGGAGUACAAAGCACAAGUGAAUGUGGAACCACAGACCGCGUCCAGACAGCGCGAAGCAUCCAAGGUACUAAUCCUGACAUACAUGCGGUCGGGCUCAAGUCUCACAGGUGACAUACUACAGCAAAGCCGCGGAGCCUUCUAUGUGUACGAACCCAUCCAUAGCAUCAGGUGGGAAGACAGAACAGAGAACUGGACAUACCCCGAUGCUCCUACCAAACUCGUUACACCUAAAACUGUUCACAGUGAGCGAGUGGACGUGCUAUAUCGGCUGAUUUGUGAUCUCAAGAACGUUCCAGACAGGGUCCUGCAAAGCGGUUUCCUAGGUAGAGGUAUGUUAACACAGAAACUACAACCUUGUGUGGAGGCUUCAAAAAAAACCCACAACAAGACGGAAGGAACUAGAGCUUGCAUACUGAACCUUCAAAACGCAUGUCAAGCCUCACCUCUACGUGUGCUGAAGACUAUUAGGUUUGAUAUGGAACAGGCGAGAAACCUGUCCGUGCUUAUACCGGAUCUGAAAAUCAUACACCUUGUUCGUGACCCGAGGGCAACGCUCAAAUCACAAGCUGCUGUAGGGGAGUGUAAAGGGUUUGAACAACAGCAAUGUGCGGAAAGGUUCUGUGCAAUGGUUGAAGACAAUAUUGUUAGAGCUGAUUCGAUCUCGAAGUCAAGCCGAAAUAGAAUUUUUACUCUUAGAUAUGAAAAUUUAGCCAAGAACCCUAUACAGGUAUCUAAAGAACUUUAUAAAUUUGGCGAUGGAUCAUUUACCAAGCAGAUAGAGGACUAUAUAUUUAAUAUUACGUCAGCAGGUCGCAAAGAUGACUGCAUCAUUUGCACCACAAGGGGAAAUUCUACAGAACAUAUUGAUAAUUGGAAGACGACAAUGAAUAAAACCUUCGUUAAAAUAAUUCAAAACAGAUGUAACUACCUAUUAAAGAGAUUCGGUUAUGAUAUCAUGCAAUGAUAGGUUUAUAUAUAUAGUUGAAUGGUUUUAAACUUUUAAAAGUUGUAUGUACAUUACAAAAUAUUGAACCCACAAUAAUCUGAUUAUUUCAAGACAUUUGAUGAACAGAUCUUAUAUUUCAUUAAUUGAAGAAUCUACAUAGAGUAUAAUAUUCCCUCCGUUUGAAUUAAGUAUCAAAACUGUUCGUCCAGCCACAGUUUACCAAUUUGGACCUAACUAGAAUUCAGCGUUGCGAGAUGGUAGAUUUUAAAUGAAUCUAAUAUGCAUUGACUAGUUCAAUUAAUUUAGUACUCAAUCAUGUAACGCGGUAUACAUCUACUAUUUCGCAAACUCUCAAAACAAAUAAAUCCCAAAUAAGUCAAAUUCUCCAACGAUAAACACCUUACAUACUAAUACGUUUGAUUUACUGACUUGCACCUAUUUACGGUGCUAACCCUUUUUACAUUUGCUUAUUUUGGGACACACUUAAAAGCAGGUUUGACUGCCUUUAUAUUUUCCGAUUAAAAGAGCAUAAUUAUUUCUUUAAUUCCGAUUUUUAAUAAAGAAAUUGAUAUAAUGUAAAUUCUGAAUUAUGAUGAUAAUCAAGAAUAUGUUUCCUUUAAGGUAAUUCACGACAACAUGCCACAGUCUUGUUUUAGAUUAUUGAAAUCAGGAAAUAUUGGUGCCGGGAAUACUAAUAUACUAACUGCUUUAUUAUGAUAAGAUUUACUUGUAUGCAAUGAGUUUGGAGCAGUCAAAACUUCAACACUUUAUUAAUAAAAUGGACAAGUUUGCUAGAAAGAACAAAUAUUGCUAGAAUACAAAUUUUACACAUCAAGCGAUAAAAUAGUUGUUGCAGAAAUGAAUUGUGAUCAGCAGAAUGUAGUAAUAUCUGAUGAUUACGUUUGCAAGAAAAAUCAAAACGACAAAACUGAUAACUUUAUUUAGUGUAUGUAUAAACAACUAUUGCGUUUGUUAUCUUUCUCAAUCAUAUUAUAAAACAACAAAACUUAUAAGAUUAAAUUGUUCGCAUUACCUAUUUUUGGAAUCCCGAUCGCACCGAGAGACAAAUAGCGUAUGUUCUGAGCAAAGUAUUGAUGAACUUCUUUACAAUUCUGCAUUUAAGGUACUUUUUGAUUUAAUGAUUAAUAAUCUGUA